CCUUCCCAGUGUAACCUCAGAUUCCCGAGCCAGGCACGCCGGCCGCGCGGGGUCGUUAAAACCCCAGCGCUCCCAUGCAAAACGCUUCAACCACCGGUCAAAAGAGCUAGCCCCAACAGCUUCGUUCCCACCCGCCGCCUGCCCGCCUCGUCGCGCUGCUGCUUGGCAGCUUGGGAGUCGCAACUCGAUCGCGUCUCCUUCUUUGCCGGCGGCGGGGAGCUAGCUAGCUAGGUUGAAGCAGGCGGCGGCUAGCCAUGGCGCACGAGAUAUUCGGGGGGCACCACCACUCCAUCGUGGCCUCGCGCGUGGCCAUGCUCGCCCACGUGCUGUUCCUGACCACCGCCGUGCUCAUGCUCGUCUGGCUGCUGCACUACCGGGGCGGCAUCAACAUACAGUCAGAGGACCCCGAGCAGAUCUUCAAUGUUCAUCCGUUUGUGAUGUCCUGGGGGUUCAUACUUCUUAUUGGAGAAGCCAUCCUGGCGUACUCGACGAUCCCGAUGGACCACCGGACGCAGAAGAUGGCGCACAUGAUGAUCCACCUGGUGGGCCUCAUCCUGGGCAUCUUCGGCGUGUACGCGGCGUUCAAGUUCCACGCCGCGGCCGUGGUUCCGGACCUGAUGAGCCUCCACUCGUGGCUGGGCAUCACCGCCAUCGCACUCUUCGGCCUGCAGUGGCUCUUCGGCUUCGUCACCUUUUGGCUCCCCGCGGCGCACGAGCGCACCCGCAACGCGGCGAAGCCCGCGCACGUCAUGGCCGGGCUGGCCAUCUUCAUGCUCGCCGUGUGCGCGGCCCAGACGGGGCUCGUGGAGAAGAGCGCCGCCGCCGCGUCCGCUGCCGAGAUGAAGCUCAUCAACGUCACGGGCAUCUUCAUCCUCCUCUACGGGGUCGCCGUCGCCUCCGCCGUCGCGAUGCGCAAUGCCUUCUCGUAGGCGUUUGUUUGGUCGGUCUGGUCGGCGUUUUUCACCAUGGAUGACACGAAUGGUGUUCAGUUGUAACUACAUGCGAAGUUGGUUUGGGUGGUCUGCGUACUGGUAGCGGUGUGUGCAUACCGUGUGAGUUUUUCUGGGACAUUUGUGCUCGAUGCCUUGCCUGCCUUCAUCGAGCUUCAAAAAAUGCACCUUGGAUUUGUCAUUCCUAAUUGUUUAUUGGGCCUCACUUC